AUGAAGCGGCGAACAUUUCCGUGUAAGCGGACGCUCAUCAAGAUUGCCUCCAAGUUGGUCUCCCUCAAUAUCUCCACGCUAGAAACAAUUCCCUCACGACCCUUGUCAUUCCAAGAUAAGCAAACCUCCAAAGACAGCACAUACAAUCAGUCGCCUUGGAUCAAUCGCCGUAUUCUCGACGAAGUUACCGAACGAGAGUUAUACCUAGCAUGUCGCCGCAUCCUGCUAGACUCUAAGACGUCCUGUCAUGGCCUGAGGAGCAAGAGCUCUGCGCUUGACCUUGGUGGGCUUGGCCGACCGAAAAUGAGCACAGUACAAGCCUCCAAGAUGAGCGUACACAUGCCUAUCAACGCGAUGGCAGAACUGUCGUCAAGUUGCUUGAUCGGACGAGGACCCAACAUCAAGACCCGAACUCGACCGAAAGCAAACAUGAAGGCAAGAGCAAGGAGCUACAGAGGAACGCCUACAUGCGCAGAUAAUAAUGGCGAGCGAGCCGCUUUCAGACGACAUGAUGAACGGGGCGCUCAGAAGCAUGGGAGGUCGAGGACGCACAACAGGAUUCCCAGCUAUGUACCACAGUGGACCAACGACUGCGGCGAAGACGUCAAACUACCCGUGGUAGUCAUUCCAACUCUCGCGAACGUCAAUAAGUUAUCAUCACAACCAGCUGAUCCCCUGCAAGCAACCUUGAACAAGGUCUCGACACAGGCUCUAGCAGUCGCAGUCGAUAAUCAAGUGAAGGUUGUGAUCCUUUCUCGCAAUGAAGCAGGAGCGCUAAGGCGUUCAAUUCCUCUUGCAAGAUAA